UUAACUGGUUCUGUCUAUGUAUGGGGCAGUAACUCGCACGGACAACUAGGCCUCCUAGUAACACAAGAUGUGAAGAUACCUUACAAGUUAAAGCUAGUUAGGGAAGGAGUGAAGCACAUCUCUUGUGGAGAAAAUUCUACCAGUUUCUUGUUUAAGAAUGGCGAGCUGUAUGUUCUUGGAAUGGGUGUAGGAAUGCAUCCACACCAGUGGUACAAGACUGAACUGAGCCCGGGACGAACAGAUAAAACUCAUCUCUACUCAUCCUUGCAAUCAUACGGUCGCUAUACUUUCGUCGUCGAGCAGUCCAGCGGUAGACCGUUUGUUCUGGACCACGGAGAGGUAGGCGAUCUAGAUCUAAACGGACCUUCCCAAUACCUGCAACUCGAUCCCCUGGAAGAAACCCCAUUCGCUGAUGUCUUUGGACUCCAAUCGCUCCCGGAAUGGCCUCCCAGAUGGGAUAACGUUGACAUGGAACUGUAUAAAGUUCAGAAGGACGAAUCAGCCGACAUCGGAGCUGGUGUCGUUGGCAACCAAGACAGCAACAACGAAAGCAGGCGGCGAAUUUUCAUCAUACAGCGCAAGAUGGAGAAACAGUUGAAGAGAUCCGUCUCUGUACGAAGUGAGAUGCCAACACUCUCAAUCGAACUGCUCCAGGAGUUGAGCGAUCUUGAUGAAACUAUCUUCAGGGGGAUGAACAAGAACGCAUCAUUUCAAGAAGCGGAAAUAAUAUUUUCAUCAACAGUCUGUCUGAAUGCAUCCUUCCCAACGACAGGGUAA